GUGGCGGCAGCGCCCGCCGGUGGGCGGCGGGGCGGGGGCGCUGGUCCCGUUCCCGCCGGAGGCAGCCGGGCUAGCGGCGGCGCCUCCCCCAGCGCGACGGCCCCGGCCCCCCCGCCUCAGCGCAGCGCCGUUAAGUGCCUCGGCGGCAACAAAGGCAGGCGGCGGCGGCGAGUGACUGACUGGUGGAUUGACUGACUGAGCGGGCGGCUAGAGAACUUGAUUAAAAGGGAAAUGGGAGCAUGAAGAAUUGCAUGCAGAGCACGAUGUGAUCCCCAUGGUGGCAUUUCCUACAGAUCUUACCUGUCAAUAUGCUUCUGUCUGGAAGGGUUUGACAGGGACUGUUGUGGACAGCAAAGGGACCUGGAGAUGAAGGUGCUUCUUGAACUCUUCAGUGCAUCACAGAACUGUUGUGUUUUGGGAUAUCCUGCUUAAACCCUCAGAAGAAAAUCUGCCAAAAGCCAAAAAUGACUUGAGUUGGAGAGCUGCUGCCUUAUUGACAGGACCAACUUCCUGCCUGGUGUUCAGUGUCUCAUCUGGAUGCACCGUACACUAUGGUUCACAUCAAUGUGUUGAAAAAAUUAAUGUGUGUUCUUGUGGUGAUACUGGUAGCUCUGACAGUUUGCUUGUGGAGAGAGACAAGAAGAAGCUACUACAUUCCUUUCAAGACCGAGAGUGAUGAUUUUCAGGAUUUCAGGAAUUCAGAAAAAUGGAACCCACUUAAAUCACAGGGCCUUUUCCGUGGAGCAGCCAGUGAAUUGGGUCAGUUACCCAAAACUUGGUUUAGCAACAUCAACAAAGUAAAAGGUAGCACCCCUGUAACAGCCGAAAAGUCCAAGAAAGCAGCAGACUCUGUGAAGGUAUGGGAUAAGGACAGUUCAUCCAGAAAUCUCAUACCCAGGCUGCAGAAGGUCAGAAAAAACUACCUGUCCAUGAACAAGUACAACGUGACUUACAACGGAAAGAGGAACGCUGUUAAACUCAGUCCAGAGAAGCUGCUCUGCCAGCUACGGGACAGGGUGAAUGUGACCAUGAUACAGGGAUCGGAUGGUCCUUUUGAUAGCUCUGAAUGGCAGCAAUACCUACCAGGGAAAAGCCUCAAUGAAACUGUGGGCCGCCUGGGUCGCUGUGCUGUUGUGUCCUCAGCAGGGUCUCUGAAAUCAUCUCAUUUGGGAAAAGAGAUAGACAGCCAUGAUGCCGUCUUGCGAUUCAAUGGAGCUCCUAUCAAGGGGUUUCAAGAAGAUGUGGGGCAAAAGACAACAAUUCGUCUUGUGAACUCCCAGCUUGUUACUGUUGAGGAGCAGCAGUUCCUGAGGGAAGUGCUAUAUAACACUGGAAUCUUAAUUGUCUGGGAUCCAGCACCAUAUCAUGCAGAAAUUCAUGAGUGGUACAGAAAACCAGACUAUAACUUUUUUGAAAGCUAUAAAUCAUAUCGUAGCACACAUCCGGAGCAGCCCUUCUAUAUCCUGAAUCCAAAAAUGCAGUGGCAACUCUGGGACAUUCUGCAGGAGAAUUCCCUGGAGCAUAUUCAGCCUAAUCCACCAUCGUCAGGAAUGCUUGGCAUCGUGAUCAUGAUGACACUCUGUGAUGAAGUGCAUGUGUACGAAUUUCUCCCUUCCAAACGGCAGACUGACAUUUGCCAUUAUUACCAGAAGUUUCACGACCGUGCCUGUACCAUGGGAGCUUACCACCCCCUCCUGUUUGAGAAAAACUUGGUGAAGCAUAUAAACCAGGGCACAGAUGAGGACAUCUAUACUUAUGGGAAAGUUACUUUGCCGGGCUUCCGAAACGUGCAUUGCUAGCAGAUGAAUUUUUAGUGCGUUUGGGAAUUUUUCUUGACUGUCAAAGCACUUUUUUAAUCAGGGUUGUCAUAUUUGUUAGGUCUAAGCACUGGUGUGUUUUGACAGCUCUUCCAUGUUGCAACAAUUGCUCUUAGGACUUUGUUGCCUAACUUCUCCCAGCUGUUAGGCGGUGUUAAUACAUUGUGGUAUAUCCACACGGUACCUGCAUGAGCCACUGCAAUAAAUUUACUCCCAGUGGAGCCAGGCUCGUGCAGCAGGUGGAUAUCUCUGUCUUCAUCUCAACCAAUUAUGUAUUUGGGAGACGCAGGAGAGGCUUUCUAAGCAGAGAUUGCACAAGUCAGGAUCAGAUGCUGAAUAUAGUUUGGUUUGCUUCAAAGUGGUUAUGACAACCAAAAGUUGAGAAACAAAGAAAGUAAUUCAAAACUUGUUCCCAUCGUCCUAGAUGCUCCUUGGAGCAGGGCUGAUUUAUGGAAACAGUGUUAAAGCUGUGUACUGAUAAGCUAAAAUCUUAGACCAGAAUAUUUGAUUUUAUAAACAGUUUGUAAAAUAAUCAUGGCAACUUCCUUUCAAAUUGUAAGACCUCUGAAAUCAUUUAGGUGGCAUUUCUGGCAAAGGAAGAGGGAGGCAAUUCACAAUUCAAUGAUUCUUGCAAGACUUUUUAAUGUUUUUACUUUUUUUUUAAUCACUUAAAAUGAAUUUUAGUGACUAUUUACUUCUCCAGUACAGUGCUGUCCUUGGUACAGAAGCCUUAUUUAAAAAAUAUUUUGGGGAAGGUGAUCCAAGGCACAAGUGGGAGAACUCGGUACCUCUUUCCAGCUCUGUGCUGGUCUACCUUUGCAAUUACUGGCAAAUUACUUGCUGACUCAUCUCUGGUAAUGGAAGUGGCACGUAGCUGCUGGCCAGAUGAGUUCCGGACUGAGGUAAUCUCUCAGUUGCUGUGUGUGUUCUGAAUAGGUGGGGAGCAGAUGAAUGCAUUGCCCCCGUGCUUCAUGAGUGGUGGGGAGGGAGAGUGUGCUUUGCUUCUCAUGCUGAAACACAGGCAGAGUUGAAAAAGGCAGCUUUUCUGUCCUGUAGCGGCAUGGUGGAAGUAGUAGCUCUACAAUCUCUUUACAUCAGUGAGAACACUUUCCCUAUCCUCUUCCAUACUGAUGUGUUUCAUGAUGUCUGUAAAAGCCUUUUCUUCUUCCUGUUUUGAAUAAAUCCUGUUAAGUCA